AUGCCGCUGUGCGUGCCGCCGCAAACUCCCGCGCUCCGCGGCUCCAAUCACCUGCUCGUCUCGCGCAGAGCAGGCGCGCCGUCCCUGCUCCGUCGCUCCCGCAAGCUGCUCGAGCGGUACCGCGAGGUGCACCUGCACGGCCUCGGGGCGGCCAUCGCACCGACCAUCACCAUCGCGGCCCAGCUGGUGCUCGAGUCGGGCGGCGCGCUCGUGGCGUCCGCUUCCACCUCGACCGAGACGCUGUUGGAUCGGAGCAUCGAGCAGGGCGGUGCGCACGAGGACGAGGACGUGGACCGGUGGGCGGAGGAAGACGGCGAGGAGCGGGGAGUGUCUGCAUCGCCAGACGACCCAAUGGAGGAAUGUCCUGCGGAUGGCGAGGAAGCAUCCUCACGCUCGCUCCUGCGGCUCAGCUCGGCAGUGCACAUUCGCAUUUACCCCACGUAG